AUGGGGUGCGAGGCGAGGGGCGGGGAGGGCGCGUCUGGAUCCAGACGACGUUGCUGGGCAUGGCAGCUCGGCUUCGAGAGCCGUGCUUCCGACGGGCACCGCCUGCUCACGGUGCCCGACGGCCUGCGCGUGAAUCUGAAGACGGUGACCGCGGGCAGGGUCGGGUGCUUUGUUGCUCUCUGCAUGCUAUGCCUGGUGGUGCAGUCGCUCCUUGCGAAGCUCUUCACUCUGCCCUUCGGCUGGGUCUUCUUGGUAACGGGGCUGCUGACGAUGGUGUUCGGGACCGUCCUGGGGGUCGGGGCCGCGCUGGCGAUGGAGACGGCGCUGAGCCUCGGAACCACUCUGGAUCAGGGCCGUGAUGGGGAUCAGGACGACGCUCGUCAUUUGUCUUGUGUCGAGCCUUCCGUGCAAGGCGAGUGGGUUGUUGUGGCGCUGACCGAGGUGGUCGAUCUCGACUGCAUGAGGAGUCACGGCGGGACGUCCGUUGAGAUUAUGAGGAGCACCCCCAUCACGAGGCUCCAGACGGUGCCCAAGGUGCUGCUGUACGCGUGCUCCAUGGUGCCCCUGUCGUUCCUGCUCUCUGUGAUGGUGGCUAGCACUCUUCGGAUUGCCAACCACCUGCCUCUGGUUGGGCUGCGGCUGCUCCUCGGCCCUCCGCCCUUCGAGGCGGCCGUGCUCGAGUGCACGAUGCUGCAGCUGGGGCAGAAGGCGGACAGCUCAGCGCUGACGAUGCUCAGCCUGAUCUUCGACUGGGCCUGCUCGGCAACGAAGACGCUGAAGGUGGCUUUCGGGAUCGUGCAGGUGUCCAGGGGCCGUGCUGGAGAUCGGGAUCCUGCGGGAGCUCAGGGAAACGUGGAUUCAGCCAUCGUUCCUGGUCGCAUCUUCGGCACCUAUAAGCUCUGCGACACCGUCGUUCCCAUCGGCGAUCGCUUUAGGUACUAUGGUACUUUCAGCGUCAGGCUGCUCGAGCUUGGCCGGCGCCGCCUGUGCGACAAGGUCAAUAUCAACACAUACAAGUUCAACCGAUCGGACACCACUGGCGGCGCUGGCACGGAGCUG